GCGAAGAAGGUCAAGACCGAGGAGUUCAAGCAAAUGUGCAACCAGCCCGGCAUCGAGAAGGAGGGCGAGUGGCCUAGCACUCGCAUCUGGGUCUACAUGAAGAGGCAGAGGAUCGGCGAUGUCGAAAGGUACAUCGACUCCAACUUCGAGGAAGGAUCCAAGCAGAUGAAGGACUUGACCAAGGCGGACAAAGACAGCUUCAAGCAAUAUUGCCACACAUCAGCCCCUUCAAGCAGCAAUGCGUUCCUGUCAGGGACGCUGACAGGGACGGGCGGGUGGGAGGACGACGGAGAUCGCGACAGCAAGCCCGUGGCGGAGGUCAAGAAAGAGGACGGUGAGGAUGGGCCACCAUCUAAGAAGUUGAAGCACGUCGACGUGGCCACACCGAUGCCCAAGGUGAGGACCAAACUCGAGAAGAAGGUCGACAAGGCGCGGCAGGCCGGGGAUAUCCUGAAGCAGAUGAUGAAAAAGGCGUUGGAUGAUGCGGCGCGCAUUCCCGACCAUGACCAGAACAUGAAAAACUACGUCAAUGUUGUGAGCAUUCGCUUUCAGGCGUUGCAGUUUUGGAGCGGCACGGCACCUUUGGAAGGGCGUUCGGAACAACUCGUGCUGGCCACCCCGACGAAGCCCGAGGUGAAGCCCGAGGAAGAGGGUUCGCAGCAGCCCGAGGAGGCCGUGGCCGAAGGGAGACCAACGGCCGAGGUUUCCAAGGAGGUCAAGACAGAAAAGAUGCAGGGCACGCCGGCCGUCGAGACCAAAGAGGAGGCCGGCAAAGACGUGCCAGCGCAGUCUCCGCCCUUGAGCAAGGGGAUUGGUCCCGCCUCCAGCCGCAAGUCGAGUUUGAGCGCCAACUUGGGCGAUGAGCAGACCAAAGCCAUGAAGAAGUUCUUGGACGAGAAAGGGAUCGCUGGGCAGGUGACUCAUGACAACUCGAAGCUGGCGUCCUACAACGAGAUGCUCAAGCUAGUGGAGAAGGUUUCAUCAGCGGUCACGGCAACAGAGCUCAGCAGCCUCGAAGAGUCAGUCAGUGAGAAGUGCGAGUAUUUCAACCAGAUGUUGACGUCAUUGAGACAGUCAAGUGGAGCUCUUUCUGGGCACAUCAAGAAUCAAGAGGGGAAGGCUGAGAGGGAGCAGAAAAAGAAGCAGGUGGAGGAGGCGGCCGAGUUGGCGCCGCCUCUGUUCAAGCUGAAAUUCGACGAGCUCAUAACCCAUGGGCUCAUCAGGGCGGCCCCUGUCGGCAAGGACCUGAAUGACAACACCAUCAUGGCGCCGCUCCUCAUCACUGGCCCGUCUGAGUGGAAGACUGCUUCUGAAGUGGGGAUCCUCGCCUUCCAACUUGGGAAGUUCGGCGGCAGCUACAAGAGCUCCCCUGAGUGCAAGCAGCAAGGCAGGGUCCAGCAGCCUCUCUAUACUGGGGAGGGGAAGGAGGUCGUGGACCAGUUCAUGGAGAAGAUGUGCAAGAGUGUCGAUGCCAAGCUCGUGAUCAACCCGUCUACGGAUGGCGCAGAGACAUUCAAGACCGUCCUGGAGAGCACGUGGAUGCUCGGCUACAAGAUCCCAAUGUACAAUAUAUCUCAGACAAGCAACGGCCUGGGGAUGAUCAGGACUGUGGCAUACGGGAGCGUCAAUAUGUUAAUGUUUGAUGCUCAUCAGGUUGUGCCUGCUUUGCGCCAGGUGCUCAGCAAGGACAGCGUGACGCUCCCAGAAGUGAUCAAGCACCUUGAGAGCUCUAGCACUGAGACGCUGAGCGCGCUGAAAGAUAGAGGUGUGAUGAUCAUGAGCGCAAAUGUGAACGCAGGAGACGCGAUCUACAUUCCCUCCGGCUGGCUCGUUGCUGAGAGCGUGGACACUGGUGCGAUGGUGUAUGGAGUGCGGGAGACGGUUCUGUUCAAGGGUGCUGGUUCUGAUUCCUAUGAUGAGCUGUUGGAUUUGAAUCCUGGCAAGAAACACCCAAAGCAGGAGGCGGUGGCAGAGUGCUUGAAGCCAGUGCAUGAUGAGUGA